AUGGAAGACGACAUAUUCUCGAGCAUAUCUAACGGAGCACACAUCGAGGCCAAAUUCCUUCAGACAUUCCAGAAGAAUUUCGUGCAGGUCCAGAACAUUCUGGAUCAGAACAGGCUGUUGAUCAACGAGAUUAACCAGAACCACGAGUCGAAAAUCCCGGAUAAUUUGACCCGUAAUGUGGGCUUAAUUAGGGAGCUUAACAACAACAUUAGGAGGGUUGUUGAUCUUUAUGCUAAUCUCUCGGACUCCGCUAAAUCGAUUGAUGUCUCGUCUGAAGGGGAAUCGGCCAAUGGACGAGGUAUUCAGAAACGGGUCCGAUCAAGCCAUUGA